GGCAGGCGCAGGCGCUGUGGGGCGGCGUGUGAGCGCGGAGGAGGGAUGGCGGGCGUGGAUGGGUCGAAGCGGGCACAGCUAAUGGAGGUGCUGAAGAAGGAGCUGAGGUCUUUGCUGACAGCUGCCAAGGAGGGCUUAACCCCAGCACAGCUGGAGCAGGAGUACGUGGCCAUGAUUGGCAAACCUCUUCCUCUGCGUGACCUGGGCUUCCGGUCCACCUUGGAGCUGGUGGCAAACAUGCCAGAAGUUGUCAGAGUCUGUCCUUGUGAGAAAGGCACUUUUAUCCUCAAAGCCAUCACAGAUGAGGCCACCAGAGGAAUUGCCAGGCUGGUUGCCAGACAGAAAAGUGCUAAAGCACGGAAGAAUGCUGUUGUGAAGGCAGAUGCUGCUUCUCCCUCGAAGAAUCUGCAGAGUUUCCCUUGGAAGGGCAGGGCUCCUGUCCUGCCAGCAACAGUGAAGGCUGAGCUGCGGGAUCUGCUGAGUUCCUCACCGCUUCUGCUCUUGGAAUUCAAUCAAGCUUUCUCCAGACGCUUUGGCCGAGCGUUUCAGUACACAAAAUAUGGAUUUUCCUCCAUGUCUGAAGUCCUCAGAAGUGUGUCCGAUAUCAUUGCGGUGGAGCAGACGAGAGCAGGUUCUUUGCUGACCCUGAAGAAGCACCUGGCAAGAGGGAGAGAGAAGAAAGAGGUGCCGCGAGAUAAGGUGUGGGAAGAACUGUCUCAAGCAACACCUGCAGUUGGGAUGCCUCCUUUGGAACCCAUCUGUGAGACGGAAAACUUACACCUGACAGCAGAAGAGAAGACAGAGCCGGUGGAAACACAAGUAGUAGAUUUGGGCGAUCGUCUCAAACAACCUCAAGAUUUGGAGCAGUCCCUACAAGCCAAGUUGAUAAAGACUCCAGAAAUCCCCCUCGAUGCUGUUCAAGACAGAAACCUUUGCAGUUUACCACAGCUGGAGACAAGGUGCUUGGUGGGAGUCUUUGUGGAAUUCAUUGUCUCUCCUAGCCAGUUCUACAUCCAUGUCUGCAGCAGGGAAACAUCUGAUAAACUGCAGGAUAUGAUGAUUGAGAUGAGACAUCUUUACUCAAAUAAACUUAUUUCUGAUCGUUAUAUCAUGCCUGAGUCUGCAGUACAGCCUGGACAGCUUUGCUGUGUAACAGUCUCAAAAUGGUGGUACCGCGUUAUCAUCCACCGCGUGAUCAGUGACGAAGAAGUAGAGGUGUUCUACGCAGAUUAUGGAAACCUUGAAAUUGUCCGAAAGUCUUGGCUGAGAUUCCUCAAGUGGUGCUACUUGAAACUCCCUGCUCAGGCCAUCCCAUGUUCCUUGGCUUGGGUAAAACCCAUGGAGGGUACGUGGUCUAGCGCAGCAACUCUUCUGUUCAAGAAGCUGUGCAACUCCAAGCUGCUCGUGGGCAUCGUGGAUGAAUACGUGAACGGCAUUUUGCAUCUCUUCCUGUGUGACACAUCCACAAAGGAGGAUGUCUACUUCCACUGCGUCUUGAGGGAUGAGGGAUACGCCGACGUCUGUGGAGAGAAUGUUCCUUCCCAGGAGUUCAUGGAACUGAAUCCUUCAGCCUUGUACGUUCAGGCCAGUGGAACGCAGAAUGCUGAACCAGUGAUGCCAGACCCUGGCUUGCAGCAGGAAUCUCUAGAUACAGAUAGUGAAACAGCAACCUCAAAGCUGGAUGGGGAUGAGCUGUGUGACCAGCAAUGGCACCUGUCUGCUAAGCAGGAGACAUGGGAUGAUGUGCAGCCACUUCUGCAUGAAGUGAGUGUCCCAAGAACAGACCAAGACCCUGAACUUGCACAGGAGGAGCUUAUGGCAGUGGUUAAGACACCUCAUUCUCUUGGAGAGUCCUCAAUGCCUGUUGUCUUAUUCAAGUCAGUGGAAGACUUUCACACCUCUUCUAUCUACUCCAAGCAACCAGCAGAAAUGAGCCAAGAUGAUCCUGAUCACAUAGAAAGAUUUUCCAACGAAAUCCAACUUCAUGAGGCUGUCCAUCCGUCUGUUCUACUUAUGGCAAUACCGUUUAUGCUGGACAACCGUAACAGUGAAGAGAAAGUGAACAAAGACCUUCCUGGGAGCCUGGCGGCUGGCCCGUGUGGUGCCAGUGAGCUGCCAGGCCAAGGGCCAUCUCAGAAAGUGUAUGUCCCUCCUGCCAGGCUGUCCGCGUUGGUGGCGGCUGCGCGCUUGGCCACUUCCAGUGACUACUUCCAGUGGCUCCCCAGACUGAAAAAGGUGUGAGACGAGAGGAGAAGCUGGAACAGCUGCCAAGGAAGGCUGCCUAGAGCAGCAAAGCCCUCUGUGUCACCGUGCUGCCAUUUUUUUUCUUCAGAAACGUUUAAUCCCUUGAAAAACUUGGAGUCUGACUUUUUAGCUGUGUCCAGUACAUGUGGUAAAUGUUACUUUUUACUUUCAGGAAAACAGUUUGUUUUUGUUGUACUGGUUCAGGAGAACCUUUUGUGUUACACAUAACGUUUUGUGUUAUGUAUCCUUUAAAUUUAGGAGAGUGAAACUGGCUACUUAUCCCUCCUUCCUGCAGCGCACAAGAAGUUUUGACAUUGUGCGGGAAAAUGUUUCUGAUUUUUAACAUGGUGGAUGUUCUACACAGCCUUUCCUUUUGGGAGCUGUGGUUGUACAGAAUCAAAGAAUAGUUUGGGUUGGAAGGGACCUUCUGGUUCCAACCCCCCUGCCACGGGCAGGGACACCUUCUACUAGACCAGGUUGCUCAAAGCUCUGUCCAACUUGACCUUGAAUGCUUCCAGGGAUGUGUCAAGCACAGUCUCUGAGCAGUCUGUGCUGGUGCCUCACCACCUUCACAUCCCAGCUCAGGCCUCAGUCUGUGGUAACUUGCAAAAAUAAAAUUCCUUCCCCAAGAAAAAGACGCUCUGAUCUGUUGAUGAACUAGGACGCCACACAUCUGAAGUGUUGCAGCUGGAUGAAUGCAUGGUGAGACGGAUCAUGAACUGGCUGAAUGGCAAAGCUCAGAGGGUUGUGAUCAACUGCGCAAAGUCUGGUUGGAGGCCUGUAGUUAGUGGGGCUCCCCAGGGGUCAGUGUUAGGUCCAGUUUUGUUCCCCCUGUUCAUCAAUGACCUGGAUGAAGAGACUGAGUGUGCCCUCAGCAAGCUGGGAGGAAGGGUGCCUGGGCUGUUCCUCAGGUCUUCAGGGGCUUCAAGGGCUGCAUUGUGCCCACUUGCAAACAUGCCAGAGGUGUGCUUCACUGCAGACCACCUAGAAAAAGCUCCAGAUAGCAUUUAAUGGUAAUGUUGGAAUGGAUAAAAGCUCAGCAUAAGAUGGUUUUUUGGUUGGACGAGAUGAUCUUUAAAGCUCUCUUCCAACCCAAACUGUUCUAUGACUAUUUUGUUGUAAUUUCAGCAUUUGGAGGUCAUUUUUAAAUGUGAGAUGGCUGAAUAAAUGUAGAGAAAGAAAGAAAA